CCCGGGGUGAUAAGCCCUUCCCUUUUUCUCUCUCUCGACGCUUCUCGUCUUCACUGCGUUGAUGGCGGCUGCCGAGGAAUCCCCCGCCGACGAUCGAAUCCAGAAGUUCCUCGACGAUCUGGAAUCGCAGCACGCGCUUCUCUCCAACUGCACCCUCCUCUGGAAGUCCCUCGCUGAACACUUCUCCUCCCUCCGCCAAGCCCUCGCCAUCCGGUCCCAAUCCCUCGACGCCCACCUCCAGGCUCUCGAAUCCAACACGCACAAGUCCCUCGACUCCCUCGCCCUGCGAGAUUCCUCCCUCCCCGACCGCGAGUCCGCCGCCGCCGCCGCCCUCCACGAGCGCCGUGACGCCGCCCUAGCCGAGAUCCAGCGCUCCGAUGCCCCCUCCGCCGACCUCCGCGGCCUCCUCCGCUGGUAUGCCCGCCGUAUGGACUCCCCCGGCCUGUGGCGCUUCGUGGUGUCGCGCCGCAAGGAUCUCCACGCGCUCCGGAGGGAGGUCCCUGACGCUGUGGCGGCAUCGUUGGACCCCGCGAGGCUGGUGGUCGACGCUUCGGAGGACUUCCUGAAUCACCACGCCGACGACGGCGGCGCCGACCGAAACUGGGCGCUGGGGAUGCUUCUCCGGUCGCUGCUCAUCUCGGAGGGCGGUAAGGCUCCGGAGGUCGCGGAGAGCAUGAGGGAGAAGGCGGCGGCGGUGGCCGAGGCGUGGAAGGAGAAGUUCAGCACAAAGGAGGAAGGGGGAGAAGGAGGAGGAGGAACCAUGGGUGGUUCAGAGGCGCAAAUAUUUCUGCAGAUGGUGGUGGCGUUUGGUUUGAGAUCACGAUUCGAAGAAGGCUUCCUGAAGAAGCUCGUUCUGGAGCAUGCUUCCAGGAAAGACAUGGCUAAACUCGCUGCUGCAUUAGGGCUCGGGGAGCAAUUGGCAGAUGUAAUUGAUGAGUUGGUAAAGACUGGCAAGGAGAUCGAGGCUGUAUAUUUUGUUCAUGAAUCUGGCUUGACCGAGCGUUUCCCCCCUGAUUCUCUCCUCAAGUUCUAUCUCCAAGCCUCUAGGAAAAAAGCCAAUUCCAUAUCGAAAAACGGGAACAAUUCAAUCGCUGCGAAGGAAGAGUCCAGCAAUAUGGAGAUUAAUGCUCUUAAAUCCAUCAUCAAGUGUGUUGAGACUUGCAAACUUGGGUCAAAGUUCAAUGUUGAUGGUCUGAAGAAAAGGCUUGCAGAGAUGGAAAAGAUCAAGGCAGAAAGAAAGAGAAGCGCAGUCGCCAACAGACCCCAGGGCAAGAGAUUAAGAGCAGCAGCUGGAGCAACCCCAAUUCUGCGUCCUGCCAAAGCAGCUAGGGGCCCGAACAAACCUUAUGCGCCAUACGGUCAGAACCCACCAGCUGUGUCUCACAUUCCAGCAACUCGCCAUGUUUACAGUUAUCCUGGUCAGGGUGGGUUUGAUGGCCUUGCUUCUGCACAAUACGGUGCUCCUCGUAGCCAGAGUCCUGCCACCGUGCCCCAGCAGUAUUAUGCUCAUGAUGAUAUGGGUGCACUACGAGCGGGAAUGCAUCACGGCGGUCCUUCCAUUACUUAUGGUGGAUAUGACUACACUGCACCUGCUCCGACACAGCAAUCACGCCCACAUUAGUGUUUGAGGAAUUUUCUUUGUUAAGUGGCUCCAAUGCAUCGACGAGUCUGGUCUGACGUUUUACUCUCAGCUCUAUGUUUCCAUGUCAGCUUGUUAUCAUAAGUUUACAGGAGAUAUUCAUGGUGGUAUAAUUUGUGACUGUUCUGAUGCAAGUUAACCAUCAUAAUACUCGUCUAGGGGAGCCUAAUUAACGCAGCUGGGAUGCAUAGCUCGACUUUUGUUCUGGUUGAGAUCAUAAGCUGCACUUGCUUUAACCAUUGCCCAUGUAACAGGUUUAUCAUGGAAGCCAGGUCAGUUUCCUUCUGGAUCUAGUUGUUCUAGGUUUUCGUGGAAGUAGAACAUGAAUUUUGCAA